GCCUCGGCCCAGCCCCUCCCGGCCCGGGGAGGUGCAGAGCGGGAGCCUCGCGAGCAGGCUCCGGGAUCCGCACCCCAAGAACUCCCGCCGUGGGGUCCACGUGGACCCUGGGCCGCCGUGGGACUGCAGCCUGCCCCCCCCGCGCGUGGGGGAAGGGGCGCUGCAACCGGGUUCCCCUUUUCUACAGCUCAGCCUGGGGAAGUGAUUGCUCAAAGGGGGGGCCGGAAGAACUCAGGUUUCCGCGACUCCCGCCCCCCUCAGCCCGGUGGGGAGGGGCCGAAGUGGGACACCCGGUCCGCCGCCCUCGGUUGGAUGCGGCAGCCUCUCAGCCCCGCGAGUCGUAGGGGAGGCGCUGCGACCCCCGCCCCGGCUGAUCGGGCCGGCGCCAGCCUCCCAAGCCUCGGGAGAACCUCCUGCUGUCCGACCGGAGUCCCCGCUGCUGCAGUGCACGCCCCUUCGGCAACCAGGGUGGGGCCCCCACCGAACCUGGCCCCUCCUGCCCCCACCUCGCCUUUGGGUCGCUGACUCCCAGGCUGUGGUGAGGGUCCGGAGCCGGCACCACGGAGCCCCGGCAGCCGCCUCCACCCACCCAUGCCCACCGCGCAUGAGGCUGAUAAGCAGCACCCAGGGCCAGAGGAGGCGGACCAGGCGCCCUCCAUGUCCAGCCAUGACGCGGCGCCACCGGCUGCCCCCGGCCGCAGCCCCUGCUGCUUGUGCUGGUGCUGCUGCUGCAGCUGCUCCUGGAGCGAAGGGCAGCGGCGAGCGUGGCGGGCCCCCGCGGACAGCAAGCUGCAAUCCCUCCCCAGCUGUGAGGCCUGCCCACCGAGCCUGGAGGAGGUGCAGAGCUGGGCGCGGUCCUUCGACAAGCUGAUGCACAGCCCCGCGGGGCGCAGCGCCUUCCGGGCCUUCCUGCGCACGGAGUACAGUGAGGAGAACAUGCUCUUCUGGCUGGCCUGCGAGGAGCUCAAGGCCGAGGCCGACCAGCACGUGGUGGACGAGAAGGCGCGGCUCAUCUACGAGGACUACGUGUCCAUCCUGUCCCCCAGGGAGGUGAGCCUGGACGCCCGCGUGCGGGAGGGCAUCAACCGGAGGAUGCAGGAGCCGUCCGCGCACACCUUCGACGACGCGCAGCUGCAGGUCUACACGCUCAUGCACCGGGACUCCUACCCCCGCUUCCUCGGCUCCCCCGCCUACCGCGCCCUGCUGCUCCAGGCCAGCCCCCCGGCCGCCCCCGGGGAGGCCUAGGCCGCCCCCUCCGGGCUGAGACUCAGACCACCUUCCCCGGGUGCAGCAGCCGGUGUCGGGUGCACCCGGCCAAGCACCCUGGGGGCCCUCCCCACCAGGGGACCCCGUGCUCCGAGGGCCCGCUCACAGGCAGGUGUGCGGCCGGCACGCUUGCCCAAGGCCUGGUGAGAGGACCCUGCCGGAGGCAGCUUGGAGCGUGGACCCCCCGGCCUCCGCAGGCGGCCGGGGGCCCUUGGGACCACAGGACCCCUGCACUGUCGCUCUGUGACAGGACAAGACCCUCCCACUCGAGCCGUGACGCCCAGAACCCGACGCGGAGCCUCUGCACCUGGCUCCAGGGACAGGGCCCGGUCUCUGUUACUCGCUCGGUCACUGUAAACCCGGAAACACGUCCCCACUGGGUUUCAUCGAAAAAAGCC